AUGGUGGCCAAAGACCCAGCCUUUGCCCGCGGCCGCAAGCCUGGUCCCCUGCGAGGCAUAAUCCCGUGGGGCAAGAUGCGAGCUCUCUCCAACCUCAUUCUCGUGAGCGUGGCAGGGAAUGAAGUGUUCGGGCCCGUGCUGCCGCCCACCAUCUUUCGAUUUCCCAAGCUCAAGGAAAUCAACUUCAUGGACAACAAGAUGGUCGGACCCAUCCCCAACACGCUCUCCGCUUUGAAGUCCCUCCAAAAGCUUGAUGUGAGCAUGAAUCGCAUCACGGGGCCCCUCCCACGUGGCAUCGCCACCCUCAGCAACCUCACAUCGCUCGCUGUCUCCUACAACCAGAUGACUGGCGCGCUGCUGCCAGGGCUAGGCAACCUGCGACAGCUGAGAACACUGGACCUGGGGGGAAACAAGUUUCAGGGGCCCAUGCCUGCAAGCUGGGGUAAUCUCAAGAAGCUCAAGACGCUCAAUCUGCAGAAGCUGAAUCUGGGGGGUGCAGUGCCGGCGGCAUGGGCAGGCAUGGUGUCUUUGAAGCACUUCAUCGCAUCAUCUGCUCGCAUGCGCGGCCGCUUCCCAACUGUGUUGCUCAAGCUGCCACGCAUUUCAGACAUCAUUCUCUACAACAACCUCCUGUGGGGCCCACUACCCCCUGCUGCCCAGCUCUUUUCUCCCAAGGCACUCACGCACCUGUGA